AGUACAGGCUUGAGCUGUGGAGCAGAAGAGAAGAUUACAGUCAGGUGUGACAGACAGAUCCAUGCUGCAACGGAAAACACUACCAGAGUUGAUCCAGCCAAUGGAUGCUCGCAUCGCGUCUGUCCGUGACUUCAUCCACGAUAUCAAACCACGCAUCUUACAGUCAGACUCCAUCGUGCCCAUCACGGAUCCUUACAGCCCCAGCGUAGUGGAUCCAGACAUGAGAAGCAUUGUGGUCAGUGAGGAGACCAAGAAAGGUGGAGAUGCUGUCAAUAGGGUCAGACAGCAAAAGGGUCUGUGUGUACUAGACGUACAUGAGAUAUCUCUAGUAGAGGACAUCAAUCAUGCUGCACAUGAAGAAGCCAAGAUAAGUUCCUCAACACAAAGGAUUGGACUCCUGGGAACACUGCUCAAGCAACCCACUGUGAGUUUUGAGGCUAAAAGUGAAACCCUUUUCUGCAGAGUGUCAAGGUUUCGUUGUAUGGCUAUGCUAACCACAGAAUAG